AUAAAAUAUUAUAAUGCUGUUGUAUUUGUUGUUUUACAGACAAAAAAAGGAGUGAAGAGGAAAGCAGACACCACAACGCCAACAACAAUAGAUGCAAUCCACGAAUCCUCCUCGCUGCCCACUGAACCCAAGUCUGCCAAGAUGGGCCCCCGAAGGGAAAGCAGCCGGCCAGUGAAACCUCCAAAGAAGGAUGUUCCGGACUCUCAGCAGCAUGUGGUAGAAAAGAGUAACAGUAACAAAGUGUCUGAGCAGUUAAAGUAUUGCAGUGGCAUCAUCAAAGAGAUGUUUGCCAAGAAGCAUGCUGCCUACGCAUGGCCCUUCUACAAACCUGUGGACGUGGAAGCACUGGGACUGCAUGAUUAUUGUGAUAUCAUUAAACAUCCCAUGGAUCUGAGCACAAUCAAAGCACAGCAGAGAGGCAAAGGAUUGAAUGAGCCAUGGAGACAGAACUAUCCUCACCUCUGGCUCCUUCAGACAAAAAUUGAGUCUAAACUGGAGAACCGGGAAUACAGAGAUGCUCAGGAAUUUGCAGCAGAUGUCCGAUUGAUGUUUUCCAAUUGUUACAAAUACAACCCUGCUGAUCAUGAGGUGGUAGCUAUGGCACGGAAACUGCAGGAUGUUUUUGAGAUGCGCUUUGCUAAAAUGCCAGAUGAACCUGAAGAACCCAUGAUUCCAGCCUCCUCUCCAGUAGUGGUGCCACCCCCAACCAAGGUGGCCCCCCCUUCGUCCAGCGAUAGCAGCAGUGAUAGCUCCUCCGAUAGCGAUAGCUCAUCAGAUGAUUCUGAGGAAGAACGAGCUCAGCGACUAGCAGAACUCCAGGAACAGCUUAAAGCAGUGCAUGAACAGCUCGCUGCCCUGUCCCAGCCACAGCAGAGCAAACCAAAGAAAAAGGAGAAAGACAAGAAAGAAAAGAAAAAAGAGAAGCACAAAAAGAAGGAAGAAGUAGAGGAGAAUAAGAAAAGUAAGGAACCACCACUCAAGAAGGCCAAGAAAAAUAAUAGCAACAGCAGUAACUCAAGUAGUAAGAAGGAGCCUGUGGUGGUGAAGAACAGCAAACCCCCUCCUGUCUACGAGUCUGAGGAGGAGGACAAGUGUAAGCCAAUGUCCUAUGAGGAAAAGAGGCAGCUGAGCCUGGACAUUAAUAAACUCCCUGGUGAGAAACUGGGCCGAGUUGUCCAUAUCAUCCAGUCAAGAGAACCCUCGCUUAAAACCUCCAAUCCUGAUGAGAUUGAAAUUGACUUUGAGACAUUAAAGCCAUCCACGUUGCGGGAGUUGGAGAGAUAUGUAACAUCAUGUUUACGGAAGAAGAGGAAACCUCAAGCAGAGAAAGUGGAUGUAAUUGCUGGUUCCUCUAAAAUGAAGGGGUUCUCCUCCUCAGAGUCUGAGAGCACCAGUGAAUCCAGCUCCUCCGACAGUGAAGAUUCAGAAACAGAAAUGGCACCAAAAUUGAAGAAGAAAGGGCACUCUGGGAGAGAGCAAAAAAAGCAUCACCACCACCACCAUCAGCAGGUGCAGCAGCAGCAGCAGAUGCAACCACUGCCUCCACAGCCUGUCCCUCAACAAGCACCGCCUCCGAUGAAGUCUUCUCCCCCUCCUUUCGUACCUGCACAGGUCCCCAUCAUGGAGCAUCCGCUCCCAGGGAACAUGUUUGACACUAUCACACAUUUCACCCAGCCCAUCAUGCAUCUUCCUCAGCCAGAGAUGCCACCCCAUCUCCCCCAGCAACCUGAGCAUAGCACUCCUCCUCACUUGAACCAACAUGCAGUAGUCUCUCCUCCAGCUUUGCACAACGCUCUGCCUCAGCAGCCAUCGAGACCCAGUAAUCGAGCCGCAGCACUACCCCCUAAGCCUUCGCGUCCUCCAGCAGCGUCACCAGCCAUAAGCCAGCAGCCCAUGCUCCCCCAGCCGCCUUUGCCUCAGCCUCCCCAGGUCCUCCUGGAGGAUGAGGAGCCUCCCACGCCUCAUCACAGCCUGCCUCUGAGCACCAGCCAGAUGCAGCUCUACCUUCAACAGCUGCAGAAAGUGCAGCCGCAGACUCCUCUCCUCCCUUCAGUGAAGGUCCAGUCGCAGCCUCAGCCCCCCCUUCAGCCUCCUGCUCAUCCCUCAGUGCAACAGCAGCAGCAGCAGAGGCCGAUGCACAUGCAGCCCAUGCAGUUCCCUCCUCAUAUCCCUCCGCCUCAGCCAGCUCCACAGCAGCAUCCACUCCCGCAGCCAGCUAAACCUCAGCAAGUCAUCCAGCACCACCCGUCACCACGGCACCAUAAGCCCGACCCCUACUCAACGGGUCACUUGAGGGAAGCGCCUUCCCCUCUCAUGAUGCAUUCCCCACAGAUGCCCCAGUUCCAGGGUCUGGGCCACCAGUCACCACCUCAGCAAAAUAUCCAGCCGAAAAAACAGGAGCUGAGAGCACCCUCUGUCGUACAAUCCCAGCCCAUGGCGGCAAAGGAAGAGAAGAUGCAUUCACCAGUCAUCCGAAACGAAACAUUCAGCCCCACGUUGCGACAGGAACCUCCCAAGCACCCAGAGAGCAUCAAACCCCCUGCACAUAUCCAGCAAAGAACAGAAAUGAAACCAAUGGAGGGUGGGCGGCCUGUAAUCAGACCCCCUGAGCAGAAUGUGCCGCCACCUGGAGUACAGGACAAAGACAGACAAAAACAGGAACUGAAAACACCCGUCGCCCCUAAAAAGGAUCUGAAAAUAAAGAACAUGGGCUCGUGGGCAAGCUUGGUCCAGAAACCCCUCACGACUCCAUCCUCCACAGCAAAGUCCUCCAGCGAUAGCUUUGAGCAUUUCAAGAGGGCAGCGCGGGAGAAGGAGGAGCGGGAGAAGGCACUCAAAGCUCAGGCAGAACAGGUGGAAAAGGAGAAGGAGCGGCUGAGGCGGGAGCAGGAAAGGAUGAGGAGUCGUGAUGAUGAGGAUGCCCUGGAGCAAGCUCGCAGAGUUCAGGAAGAAGUCCGAAGAUGCCAGGAGCAGCAGCAGCAGCAGGUGUCAGCUGCAGCCUCUGCGCUCCAAACACAGAGCUCUCAGCCACAGUCCUCUCAGUCUAUGCUGGAUCAGCAGAGAGAGAUGGCCAGAAAACGGGAGCAGGAGCGAAGGCGCAGAGAGGCGAUGGCAGCUACUAUCGACAUGAAUUUCCAGAGCGAUUUGUUGGCAAUAUUCGAAGAGAAUCUUUUCUAAUAGCGCCUGGUUUUCUUCUCCUGACUCUUUAAUUUCCCGGCGAAUCUUUGACUCUCCAUAGUGUUAAUGGCGGCUGGGAGGGGGAGCAUUCCUGCAGCCCUUCUGCAUGUCUGACCAUUGCAGAUCUUUCAGUCGAGGCCUCCGAAGGAUCAGCAGAGUCUGCCUUACAGUUUGACUUUUGCCCCCCCUCACACACUGAAGAAAGACCGACCAAGACAAGCCAACUACGUACUAGGUUUGAUUGGACAUGCAGCUGCUGGGAAGGGUGCCCUGAUCACUCGACAUUCUCUAUGCCAAACGUAUUCACAGUAUAUCCAGGACUUCAUGUUCUUCACACCUUUUCUAUCCAUAAAGGUUCUAAGUUACAGAAUGUCUAUGAAUAAACAGUGCUGUGUCAUGACAGCAAGAGAUGCUCUUCACUGAGAGGCUGCCUAUGGGAGUAUCCUGGCAAGAAUGGGAGACCUGGGGUCCAGCUGGGAAAAUACACAAGCUGUGUCUGGUCCUUUCAUCACUGGCUUUGCCUUUAACUUAACUUCCCACAAGCCUUUAGCUGGGAGCCAUUCUCUGUAAGUGUUCGCUUGUGAAAAAGGGAAUAGUACAGUGGAGGUGUCAAGUGUAACUGGCCAUUUGAGUGAGGUUUUUGUUUUAGCAUUGUGUGGAGGUCCGGGAAUUGGAGCUAGACUACCAACCAAAGUCAGUUUCUUUCAGUCUGUUUUUUUCCUCCAGGCAGUUUGUUACUGCUCAGCUCUUGACUGGGUAUUAAUUGUCUCUUUGUUAUAGAGUGGAGUGGAGAAACCAGUAACACCAGGGGAAGCUACCACCCUGUCACUAGUGUUUGACUGUGGCUGUAUUGUAUAGUGACUAUAGUUGGCA